AUGAGAAUCCUAUCUAAAAGAAGACUUCGUUUCUUAUUGACGGUGAUUUUCGCAGUUUCAGCAGUUGUCAUAUUUGUAAGAUGUGUUGUACAAUUCCAACUGAACAAAGAAAUUAAGUACUACAAAAAGUAUUUCAAAGAUCGGAAAGACAAAUUAGAAGGAAUGUAUAAUCCUCUAGAGAUAAAACAGAUACCGAGUGAGACUAUUGAUAGAUUAUAUACCGAUCAACUGUCUAGAUUAGAAGAACAAGGUAAGGUUGUUAACUGGUCAAAGUAUGCCUACAUCAAUUAUGUGACAGAUUCAGCAUAUUUAUGUAAUACCUUGAUAAUAUUUGAUGAUUUGAAAAAUAAAUUUAAAACUGAAGCAAAAUUGGUAUUAUUGAUUUCAAGAGAUUUAUUAGACCCAGAAACCUCUGGUGAUAUUGAACACAUAAAGUAUCAAUUGCAUAAGAUUCAAAGUCUAGAUGAAAAUCAAGUAGUCAUAAAGUACAUUGAAAAUAUUGUUAAACCAGAUGAUUACACUCCAUGGAAUGAAAGUCUUACAAAACUACUAGUGUUUAAUGAAACUGAUUAUGACCGUAUUAUCUAUCUAGAUAAUGAUGCAUUAUUAAGGAACAAUUUGGAUGAACUUUUCUUCCUACCACAUUACAUUAGAUUUGCGGCUCCACUUACAUAUUGGUUCCUAUCCGAAAAGGAUAUGAAGGAAGCUUAUAAAGAAGUACAGCACGAUGAUAAAAACUCGAUCAAUCUGAAAACUUAUACUAAGAAAUUAGAUUUGAGAAUUAAAAACAAUAAGAUGAUAUAUAAUCAUUUACCAAGUUUACCAAACUAUCUAUUCAUGAAUUCUAAGAAUGUUGCACAAGAAAUUAUUCAUUCAACAUCGUCAGCAUCCCCAUUAUUCAAUUUCCAUAUCAAUAAAAAGGCCAGUAAGACCAAGUUUGCAUCUAAUUUAAUGGUUAUUAGGCCAUCUGCGGAACUUUUCAAUUCAAUUAUCACUGAAGCAUUACCAAAAGUAUUGUCUAAGAAAACUAAAUACGAUAUGGAUUUAAUCAAUGAAGAAAUAUACAAUUUUAAGAAAAUUAUAUAUUAUCAGUUUGAUUUGUUCAGAAGAAUGAAAUCCAGAUUUCAACCUGAAGUAUUAGUUUUGCCCUUUGCUAGAUAUGGUCUAUUGACAGGUUCUAUUAAGAAUAGACAACAUCAUGAUUUGAUAACGAAUGAUAUUUUAGGUUAUAAGAGAUUGGACGAAUCGGGUCAACAAUUGGAAACGGAUGUGCAUACAUCUAUUGAUGAUUCGAAGUAUAUACAUUUCUCUGAUUACCCUAUUGGGAAACCUUGGAACUACGCUUCGAUUUCAGAAUUCGAAUGUAAAGUCGACGAGAAACAUUCUAAGAACAUCGAGCAAGAUACAGAAGCCUGUGAUCUGUGGAAUUCGGUAUAUACUACGUAUUUAGACAACCGUAAAAUCUGUAGUCCAUAA